AUGGGUUUUCAGAUUUGGCCUCAGCUCAAGUUGAAGCCCACCGUUCCUUGCGACGAUAUGCUGCAGGAUGGUAUCGCACAUGUUGCCAUCAGCUAUGCCGACGAUGACAGCUCAACAAAUGAACGUCAACGUCACCGCAUACUCAACAAAGUUCCUGCUGCUGCCGUACGCCCCCCGGAAGGUGUGUCGAGUUUACAACUGCAGGUAGUGCGAUUCACCAUGGACCUUCUCGAAUCGAGGCAGCGUCCCCAAAUGAAGCGAGCAAACACUAUGUUAGAAGAAACCAGCACACAAAUUCAGAGUUGUGAUGACAACAAGAAUGAAGAUGCUGAUACCCUGUUGCAUGAGACGAUCGAAAGCCCCGGCCCUGCUAUGAAAGGAACCACUCGCAAGCGCAAAAGGCCCGGAAGACAGGCUCCCUCACGAACAUGUUCAACACCGGUGUCAUUAUUCGAUAAUGAGGCCAAAUCAAACAAACGUGCUGCAACCAUUACAAAUCCACGUGUCCCUGACCAAGACGUUAUCACAGAGCAGUUGAUGGAGAUUCGGUCGAUGGUUGAAGGGGCCAUGCGACUCUCCAUCUACGGAAACAGCAAACUCCCUGCCGGCAUCAAGGUCAAAGCAAACACGUUUGGCAUAGGACUCGCUGAUGUUGCUCCAAUCCUGUGGAGACCGGGACAUCUUGCUAGGGCUCAUCUUGCACCCACCGUCUGCCGAUCUCUUGGUCAUGCAAUCGGAGUAAAGGCGACCUCUACUUCUCUGAGUGAGAAGUUCAAGGAGUUGAUUGGCACUCGUUCUAGAAACUCACUCCACAGUCGACUCGGCCAGGGUACAGCGGUCGAUGGACAGUUGCAGAGUAUGGCGUCAUCGCUUUCUGAUCAACUCUGGUUGCACUUGCAGAGGAGCCUCUUGGCAAGACCCGCGCCAUCACUGCAGCCAUUCACGACCUGUGAUGCGGAUGCUGCAGAUGCUCAUGUGUCGGAUGAGAUCCUAGUCCCGGUAGAUCUCCUUUGCGAGGCGGGUGCCGCACCUUCCACCAUCGAAGAACGUGAGCUCAGCAGCACUAUCAGUGACGACACUAAAGAGGAAGUCUGGCCACCAACACCCUCCGGUGUGCGACCAGGCCUCCUUCAAGGUUACGAAACAGCUGUUCAGCGUGAAGAAUACCCCAUUGCAUUUGAGGACGACCUUCUCUUGGAUGCAAUGCCCGCGGACGCAGGAUCAGACUAUCGAGAUGCAGAUCGUCAAGUUGUGAACUUCGGCGCAUCAGCGCCAACACGAUCUCCAAAUUAUGCAACUCUUGAGAGGCAAAUCACCGAAAGACUUCCGGCCAUCCCCCACAAGCAAAGAUAG